AUGAAGGAAUUGGAGAAAAUAAUUCCAAAAAAAUGUGCUGGUGUCUCUCCAAUGAUUGUAAAAGAUCUAACUCAGCAGAUGAUCGAUGAAGAUGGUGUUAUUUCUGUAGAAAAAUGUGGCAGUACUAAUAUUUAUUGGUGCUUCAAGAACCAAAUAGUCAGAAAAAUGUUCGAUUCCUGUAAUAAAAUACAGUCUGAUAUCGACUCUAAAUCGAACUCCAUUAAAGAUAUAGAAUCCCAAUUGAAGCAAACCUUAGCAAAUGAUAGAUCUCCCACUUUUAUCGCAAAUGGAAAAUCUUACAAUAGAGUCGAACAAUUAUCAAAUAAACGACAGUUGGAUGAAGAAUUGAAAAUUUUACAAGAAAAAUAUAAAAAUCUAUCAAAUGUCAAAUGGGAUAAAUUUACUUACCAAGAAAGAAAAACCGAGUUGGUUAAACAAAAUAAUAAGUUAAAUUUAAUUACUGACAAUAUCGAAUUGUUAAUAUCAUAUUUAAAUAAAAAAUACUUCAUUGAUCCACAACAAAUAAGAAGUGAAUACGAAAUCCCACAAGAAUUCAUGGAAUUCACAAAUGAAAUAUCUUCCCUCUAA